GUGAUAGAACAGCUCAAUACUUCCAGCGUGUUUUAGUCUUCUUGUAUGUACAUAGUAUAUAAACAAACCGUCGUGUGGCAUUUAACAACAUAAACUUUAAAACCGCCGAAAUGGACAGUGAUUAUGUUUUCAAAAUCUUGCUUAUUGGGGAUUCCGGUGUUGGGAAGUCUAGUUUAAUGCUGAAAUUCACGGAUGAAUCGUUUACAGAGACUUAUAUCAGCACAAUCGGUGUAGACUUUAAAAUCCGGACACUUGAAAUUGACGGGAAAACAGUGCGUUUACAGAUAUGGGAUACAGCGGGACAGGAACGUUUUAAGACCAUCACCACAGCUUACUACAGGAACGCCGACGGAAUAUUAGUGGUUUAUGACAUCACGGACAAGGAAUCUUUUCAAAAUGUGUCUAAAUGGCUGGAAGAUGUAGAGAAUUAUUCCAACAAGAGAGUUAACAAGGUGCUGGUAGGGAAUAAGGCCGACUUACAGCCCAAAAGAGUGGUCAAUUAUACAGAGGCAAAGAACUUUGCAGACCAGCAUAAUAUUCCUGUGAUAGAAACAAGUGCCAAAACAUCCAACAAUGUAGAACAACUGUUUGAAUCCAUGGCAUCUCACCUCAAAGAUCUGAGUGACAAUGGAAGAACUCCUAUACGAGACGAUACACCAACUAUUAACAUCAACAUUAACAGGAAGUCAGUCAAAAAAGAAAACUGUUUCUGUAGCUAAAUUUACACUGAAUCUGUAAUUGAUUUACAAAUGGAAUCAGUCAGACCAAGCACUUCUUCAAGAGAUGUUGGCAGAGUUGUCUCCCUUUUGGGGAAAAAUCACUCAGACUGAUAAUUUUCCUCUGCAAGUCUCCUACUUGGAAAGAAAACAACAAAAACAACGCCAUGUUGACUGGAAGUGUGUUUAUAGCUAUACUGUGAUAAUGUACAUAGACAUUUGUUUGUUGACAUUUGUUUGCUGACAUUUGUUAUGUUAUUAACUGUGCAAUACUACAUGCAAAACAUUCACAUUUUCUUAUUACCAACCAAAUGUUUCAUAGACUUCUUCAUAUAUACAUUUAUAAAAUCUUAGGCAGCAUCAGUAAAGAAAUGAAGAAAGUAUACAUUUUGUAUAACUACCAGGGUUUACAUUCAUGUAUAUUAUGACAUUAUUGUCUUUUAAAACAAUUUUUGAUGCCUAAGUACUGUUACAAAGGAAUGGACAAUCCAACUGUGACAAAGCAUGAUGUUCAAAUUUACUUAGCCUAGAUAAAAUAAGAAAAAUUUUUCCUUGGAUAAAAUGCACAUGUAAAUUCUUCAUAUUAUGUACUGUGGAAAUGAAAUCAUGAUGAAAUCA